AUGUUAGAAACUGUAAUAGUCGGUGUAUUAAAUAAAUAUUUUGGGAAAUAUAUACAGAAUUUAGACUCUAGCCAUUUAAGCAUCAGUAUUUUGAAUGGAGAUGCAGAAUUCAGUGAUUUACAGCUUCGACCUGAAGCUUUGGCUGAACUUGAUUUACCUGUCGAGGUUAAGGCUGGCUAUAUUGGACGAUUAAAGAUAGAUAUACCUUGGACUAGACUAUAUAGUGGUGAUAUACACAUCUGGCUUGAAGAUCUUUACGUGCUAGUCGGACCUGUAGCAGAUAGGCAGUAUGAUCCAGAGAAAGAACGAAGUAUGGCGAAUGCCGUCAAAAGACAGAAAUUGGAAGCUCUGGAAAAAUCUACUCUUGACUCUGUGGGAUUGUCAACUUGUCGACUAGAUUUGUCAACUCGUCUACUAGGAUUGUCAACUUCUGGACUAGGAUUGUCAACUUGUCUACAAGCUGAUAAAGCGAGUGAAGAACCAGGAUUUUAUGAAAAGUUGUCGGCACAUUUCUUGAACCAGCUUCAGGUAUCCAUGCGUAAUAUCCAUAUAAGGUAUGAAGAUACUGUAACCAAUGUUGAUCAUCCGUUUGCUUGUGGUUUCAUAUUGAAACAGAUGUAUAUGAAAACAACAGAUUCAAAAUGGAAACCAACUAAAAUUAACGAAACAUUCUCAAAUAUGUUACAUAAGUUAGUGAGAUUAGAAGACCUAUCAGUAUAUUGGAAUCCCUAUAUACCAGAACAUCAUUUAUUACGAUCUCGUCUCAAUACAGAUGGCUGGAGGAAUUUAUUACGAAUAUCUAUUGAUUCACACAGUAUAUUUGAAGAGGAAUUUGACUUCAUUAUGGAACCAGUUACAGCUCAAGCCAGAUUAAUAUUAAGUACAGAAAAUAAUUUCUCCCUUCCAAAGCUCUUCAUUGACUUCACAUUGGAGGAAGUAGAGAUACUUCUUUCUCGACAACAGUUUUUAAACUUGCUCAGUGUAGGCGAUUCCUUCCGAAUGAUGUCAAUUAAUCAGCGCUAUCGUAAAUAUCAUCCUAAUACUCCAUUAAAAGUCAGUCCUAGAUCCUGGUGGAAAUACGCCAAUACUGCUAUACUAGAGGAAAUAAUACGACCAUUUUCAUGGGAAAGAAUCAAAGAACAUAGGAGUAAAUAUAAGAAGUAUAAGGAUCUAUAUAAGAAGAGUCUGGAAGAACCAGACCAUGAAUCAAUUAAAAGUAAACUAUGGGAAUUAGAAGAAAGUUUAGAUGUAGCUAAUAUUUUGAUAGCCAGGGAACAGGCUAAAGUUGAGUUUGCACACGAAGCCCCUACUAGAGCUAGGAAAAAGAAGGUAGAAAAAGGCUGGUUUAGUUCGUGGUUUGGUGGUAGUAAAGAAGAAGAGAUAGAAGUAGAAAUAGACAAUAAAAAUCAAGAUUGGCUAGCUGAGUUAAGUGAAGAUGAGAAAUAUAAACUUUAUCAAGGAAUAGGAUAUGAUGUUAAAGCCAGUGUUUUAUCUACACCAAAAGAGUAUGUAGCACAUAAAGUACAGAUAGUAUUAAAGAGUUGUUGUGCAUCAUUAGUAAACUAUAGUAAGAAGAUACUACAGAUGUCCGUCACAAAUUUAUUGACUACUUUAGAACAUAGACCAGUUGGUCACGGUGUCCGAAUAUCAAUGAAUACAGAGAGUUUUUCUAUUGAUGGUGCGUCUAUAGAACAUGAGUUAAUACCCAUUUUAACUUCUGAUAUAGGAGUAUACGCCCCAGCAGUGAAUCAAGUUUGUACAUUAGAUUUCCAGGUCAAACCUCUAUAUGUAGAAUCUGAUUACUCUCUUACAUUAAAUGUACAGCCAGUAGAAAUAGUCUAUGAUGAGCAUUCUAUAACAGAAGUUGCAGCAUUUUUCCAAGUACCACAAGGUAUAAUAGAUAUGAGGACUGCUGCCUUGGAAACUCUACAGAAUUUAUCAGAUUAUAGCAGAGCUGGUUUACAAUAUGCCAUUCUACAACAUCAGACUAUACAUUUAGUUGUAAAUAUGAGAUCACCUUAUAUUGUUGUUCCUGAAUUUGGAACUCUUCAUAGAGGAGGGAAUGUGUUGAUAGCUGAUUUUGGUACGUUACAAAUACAGAGUGAACUACAACCUGAAGAUGUUUCAUUAGAGGACGCUACGAUGUCAGAAAUAGAAUCUCGUUUGUAUGAUCAGUUUAACGUAACUAUUACUGAUGUUAAAGUUUUACUAGCUGAUUCAGGUGAUGAUUGGCAUACAGCCCAAACACAAGCUGAUUCUGAGUACCAUAUUUUACCUUCUGUUAGAGUUGUGGUUUCUUUCUUCAAUGCUGUAAAACAAGACUAUACACAACUACCAAGACAAAAAUUAAUAGCCAGUCUUCCUACAUUGAAAGUCAAUAUCUCCGACAAACGACUGUUAUUACUAACAUCGUUUGUACGUAAUUUCCCCAUACCCGCUAGUACUAGUAUGUCAGCUCUAGGUGAUGAUCUAGUAGAUAGUAUGAUGAACAUGGUACCCUCGGUCAUAUCUGUGGAUUUAUCAGAGACUCAAAUAGAACCAGAUAUAACUUCAUUACGGAAAAUAAGAAGUUCAGUUUUAGGUCGGCCAUUGGUAGAAAAAUCAAAUGUUAAAUUGUCUAAAAGCAGCCGAAAAUCUCAACAAGAUAUUCCUGUUCUUAGAAUCUCAUCUGAAGAUGAUUUUUAUUCAGCAUCUGAUAAAUCUGAUGAAGAAAUUGAUGAAUGGACAGAUACUAUAAAGAUCAAACCAGUGGAUGAUAAUUCUUCACAAUAUAAUACUGUCAAAAUAUUAAUUCGUAUGAGGUUGGGAGAAUUUGUCAUUAACCUGUCACGGGUGUUAGAUAAAACAGAUACACCAUAUCUCAUGUUUAGACUAGAUAGAUUACGAGUGGAUUCAUCAAUAACAGAAUAUGGCUAUGCAGCCCAUGCUACUCUAGGUGGAAUACAGAUGGUGGAUAAAGUACAUGUUGGAUCAUCUGGUGAAUAUAUGGAAGUAUUAAAUACACAAUCUACUUCAGAUCUGAUAGCUGUUACUUAUAGAAUGGUACAAGCUGAUUGUCCCGAUUUUGAACAAGUUUAUAACAGUGUUGAAAAUAAUGUAUUAAUCAAGUUUCAAGCCAUGUCUGCCAUGUUUGAUCAAGCCAGUAUGAUUUAUCUCAAUGUUUUCAUGAAUGGUUUAAUUCAGAGUAUACAGAAUAUGGAUAUGAAGACCAGUACCAGUACAGUAACAUCAGAUUUAGCUAAUAAAGAUGGAUUUAACAUCACAAAUAAACUAACAGCUAUUACUGAUGAAGUUGAUAAUCUUCCAUCUAAAGGAAUCAAGUUGUAUCUAGUGGCCAAGUUACAGAAUCUAACUCUAAAAUUCUGUGAUUGUGAAUGUAGUUUUGGUGAACUCAAUAUAAAUGAUUUUCUGGGUCAUGUUGUAGCUAAGAACACCAGGACGACUUUACGGUGCCGAUUAAAAGACUUGUCUUUAUUAGAUACAUCUAUUGGUGCUAUUUACCCAAAGAUAUUAGCAUUAGAAGAUAAAAAUAGUGUAUUUGAUGCUAAGCUAGUGAAAUAUAAUAAAUCUGAUGAGUUAAGAUCUGAUAAUAAACUAAAACAUGAAGGACUAGAUUAUAGUUUACGUCUGCAUGUUGGACAGUUUCAAACUGUUUUACUGGGUAAAUUCUACUGGGAAUUAGCUAGAUUUUUUGAGCCGUUUAUCAAUAAAGAAAUGACAGAAGCCGCCAAAACAGUAGCAGUAGAGACAGUUGUUCGACAGUACGAUGAAAUAGAAGAACAUAAUUUAAGAAUAACUUUACGACUAGAUCUGAAAGCUCCAACCAUAUUAAUACCAGAGCAUUCUAAAUCAACUCAGAUGUUUCUGGUGAACCUUGGAAACCUCAGUAUUAAAAAUUAUUAUGAUUUUACCACUGUAUCAACUGAUAUUAAACAGGAAUGGAAUCAUAUUUAUCUACACUUAAAUCAGGUCCAGGCUGACAGAGUACAGUUAUGCCUCGCUGAUGAUGUGUGUAAUGUAUUACAUACUGUCAUAGAGCCUGUUAGUUUAAAAUCUGAUAUACGUCUGGCCAUGAAACCUGUCAUAUCAGACGUUAAACUUGACAUCUCCGGCCAUGUUGAUAAAGUUCAGAUAAAUAUUCUACAGAAUGAUCUGAAGUUAGCAUUAUGUAUAUUAAAUGAAAAUGCAAAUGAAGGCUCACCACAGACGGUGAAACCAGAUAUGUUUGAAUCUCCUACAAUGCAGAAUAUAGCUGAAGUUAGUUUAGAUAAUACUGCUCAACCUGCAGCAGGAUUACGAGAUCACAGUGCGAGUAAAUCAUCUACUAAUAUACUAUUUAGAUUAGAUGGUGUUUCAGCUUUACUAUUACAUCAACCAAACUCUAAAGAGGCAAGUUCUAUAAAGGAAGAGCUAUGUAAACUAGAUAUGAAUGAUUUAAGUUUAAAUGGUAUUUAUCAUAGUGAUGGUGAUUUAAAAAUAACCUUUAACCUUCAGACUAUAGCUAUUAAUGAUAUUAGAUCUAAUAGUACAUUCGCUGAUAAAAGAAUAUUGUACUGCAACAAGAAAAGUUCACCCUCCAGUAAUUUACCAUUAAUAUCAUUAAUAUACAAAGUUAGCAGUGACAAUCAUCAAAAAGCUGACCUAAUGGUAGAAAAAAUUCAAGUGAAUGUUUAUAUACAAUAUCUAAUGGUGCUUUUAGAUUUCUUUUAUGGUGCUGUUAUAUCUACUGGACCGUUAGAGACUAUAGACAUGAUAGACAAUCAACCAGUCUUUCGUAGUCCACCAGCCACCUCUAAAAUGAAUUUAAAUUUCUAUGGAACUUUAAAACAUCCUAAAAUUGUUCUGUUUGCCGAUCCAAGUAAUGAGAAUAGUAGAGUUGCAAUCUUGAAUGCUGAUAUAGCUGUAGAAUAUAGAGACGAUUCUGAAAAACAGGUGGUAUGGUCAAAAAUAUCAAAUCUCCAGAUGAUCUCCAAAUUACAGAUGACAGAUAAAUUAUAUAGUCAGGUUUUAGCACCAUGUUCUCUAGAAUACAAUCAGACUACAGAGAAAGCAGAAAGUGCUAUCAUUGUUAAACUGAGUAAAGUGAACGUCUAUUUCUGUGCCACCACCUUUCAGAUAGUUUGGGACGUCUAUAACAUGAUUCAGUGGCCAGAAAAAAUGGAACCUACCAAUGGCCACAAUCAAUCCAGCAGUUCUGAAAAUCAGAGUUUAUGGAAUAUUGGACCUGUCAGUGGUAAAAAGUGGCUGGAAAUCCAUAAAAGGGAUCAAAUGGAUAAUUCACAUAAGAGAAAUGUAUUUAAAGCAGCAGAUAAGCCAGUUGAAACAUUAAAAAUAGAUAUCUCAGAUGUUAAUGUAAUAUUUGAAGUAGAGAAUUUAGAUAAACAUGUUCCGUUGUUAUGGAUCAAAUCAGCUGUAGAUGUUAAGAUCUGUGACUGGACCUUAAAGAUGCAUCUAGAAACUGAGUGUCAGAUUGAAGUGUUUUAUCUAAAUGAGAAAUUGGGAGUAUGGGAACCUCUGAUUGAACCAGUAUUUGAACAGGAAGGAGUUUACAGACCAUGGGAAGUCUUAGUCAAGUUAAUCAUGGCUCCCAGUUUUCCGAUUGCCUGUACGUAUGAAGACAGUGAUUUGGACAUACCUGACGGACUCCAGAAUGAGGUUCAACAGAUGAUACAUCGGUCCCGAUUUAAAUCCAGUAGUUCGGAGACUGACACUGACUCGUCGACGGACAUGAUGGUGAUUAGACACAAAUCUAUGAGAAGAAUACGAAACAAUGGAGGCAGCAAUAGAAGUUUUGACAAACCAGUUGAGACUAUGGAUUCUCUCAGCAAACAUAGUUCAUUACAGGGUGAAUCUGACUCGGAACCAGAGGGCUUCAUCCAUAAUAUAACUAAUAAACUAGGUAGUAUCUUCUCUACUGACAGUAGUGAUGCUGACGUUAGCGAACUGGAAGAUAAUGAUGACGUUAUCGAUUCCUCACUGGAUAAACCAGUCUUCAUUACAUCCUGUGGUCCAGUGAACGCUUCUACCGGAAUAGAAGAUUAUGAUACAGUAGACGGUGGACCAGAUGGUCUAGAUCCAAACUCUGUUAGCUGUACCUAUGUUAUAAUGGAUUCUCAAGAUCCACUCCAACUGAACGUAACACCAGAAGCUAUUGGUGUCAUACAGGAUGUUAUAGAGGCUCUUAUGAACACGACCUCAUCUCAGCUAGCUACAGUUAGAAGUUUACCAGCAUUUGAUUUAGAUAAUAAGAUCGGAAUUAAAUGUUUUGUAACUUUACAUCCCAGCUUAAAGAUACAUGAAGACAGGUUGGAUAAUGUAGUAAUAUUUAAUUCUGGUAAAGAUAACAGACAACCUGUAUCUGAGGAAGAUUUUGAAGAUUGUCGUGAGGAAGAGGAAGAAGACACGACUGAUGGGUUUAUCAGUAAGGCUCUGGGUACUAUGGGACACAACCUAGUCAGUGCUGGGGCAUUUGUUUUUGAUGAUGAUGAUGAUUAUUUAUCUGGAGAGAAUGUUGACAAACAUCGACUCAGAUUACAGAUUGAUGGAUUUGAACCUUUACCAACCUUACUUCACAGAAGAGCUUGUCGUAAACUUCUACCAUUAACACCAAGAAAGAAUGGUAUACGAUAUUGUGCCGUCAUGAACGUAGAUAUGUCUCAUGGUCGUAAAGUUAUUACUUUUAUUUCACCACUCUUGAUAAAGAACCAUCUCACAAUGAGUGUAGAUGUAUCGUGUAAAACAGAAGACUUAAAACAAUCGAGACGGACAGAGUCAUUCGCUGGUACCGGAGAAUACAGUAAAAUAACUAGUAUAUCUGUAGGAGACACAUAUAGUAUACCAUUAUUUAUAGCUUAUUUAUGUCCUGUUUAUAUCACACCUUCAGAUCUAGGCUAUGAACAGUGUUAUAAUCCAAUAUGGUGGAAAGAUUUACGUCAAGAAAAAGACCAAUAUAAAUAUUAUAUGUGUCAGUCAGAAGAACCUGAACGAAAACCUUUUAAUUUCAAGGUUCUUUGUGAAGAAGGAGAUGAAUUAAAACCAGUAAUGAAAGUUCCGAGAAAUCUACCCUAUUAUGAUAUAACUCUAUAUCCACCAGUUACAUUACAUAAUUAUUUACCAUAUGACAUUAACUUCUCAUUGGAUGGUGCUGGUAGCAGUAGUUUAACACAUGGUGAUAGGACGUCACUGUAUACAGCUGAUUUAAAUAAAACUAACAAAUUUCAUAUACAGAUUUCUGAUUAUCUGGGUUCGGAAUGGUCAGGUAAUCUGGAUGUUAGUGGUGAGAUGGAUGAGUUCAAGGCCAUCACCAUGGAAACAGAAAGUGACCCAGAUAACGUGAACAAGAAUUUAAGUUUAAGUAUUCACGCUGAUCACCACCACUCAUUAGAUGUGUUUAUUUAUGCGCCAUAUUGGAUAAUCAAUAAAACAGAAUUACCGUUACAUCUUAGGGGAUCUAACUCUGACGUAGUAUUAGAUAUCGGUCCAGUUCCUCAUCCAUUGUUAUUCAGAUUUAAAAAAAACAAAAGGAAGAAGAGUAAACUGCGUCUGUAUGAUUCAAGAUGGUCGCAGUCAUUCUCCAUGGAUACGGUUGGUAGUUGUGGUGUUAUUGUUUGUCAUGAUAAAGAGAGAGGCAGAAAGCAUAUGUUCAUGGUUCAAAGUCAAAUGUCCAAACUUCAGCUGACUAAAAUAAUAACAAUUCUACCAUUCUUCCUAGUGGUCAAUUAUUCCAGUAAAAAACUCAGGUUUAUGGAGGAGAAUGAGGAUGCUGAUUUAUGGACUGAUCUUAACAUUAAUCAGCAUUUACCAUUCUGGCCAGUAACGGAUUCCUAUAAUAUGUUUGUCAAAUUUGAGAAUAGUUCCGUUACCUCACAACAUUUUCCUAUGAAGAAACCUCAUACUACAGUUUUACGUAUGGAUCAAGGGUCAGCACUAUGUGUAGAAGUUAUAGGAGGAACUGAUACUCCAAUAUCAGUAAUAUUUAGAGACUAUGAACCAGGACAGGCACCAGUCUGUAUACACAACCUGUGUGAAGAUGUCUUUAUCAAAGUUCACCAGAAGAAUCAAAGUCAGGUGACAUUAUUAUCAGCCAAUCAGAGUGUGUUAUAUACGUGGGAUGAACCUGUAGCAGAAAGAACGCUGAUGUGGAAUGUUUAUGGUAGAAAGAAACCAAGUUAUCCUGCUUUCAUUAACAAGGAUGGAUAUGGAGAAGUCAGACUACAAGUUCAAUCUCUAAAAAGAUCAAGUUCUAUAGAUGAUACAGACGCCAGAGAUCAAGCUUUUUUACAAGAAAGUAGUCCAGAAGAUGAAAGUGAUGAAGCUGAUGGGUUUUUAGGAGGGAAACAUGAGAAGUCACUAGCUGGUAAAACUAGAACAGAUAAAAUGAUUAUUUACUGGGUCUCAUAUCUAGAUGGUCAACAGAGAAUACUGUUGUUUACACAAGAUGAAAGGAUUGCUUCUGCUGUUAGAAAGCUAAAUGAAGGAGAGCAGACGUCUCUGGUGUUAUUUGCAUCUCUAGAGGGUAUGAAGUUAUCAGUUAUUAACGGGUGUUCGGAGGAAGUAGCGUUAGUAAGUGUGUGUUCCAGUCCUGCUAUGUGGGAAGUAGAGGUGAAUGGAAGAUGGAAGAUGUUGAGUAUAGAGCUAGCAACUUGGUUAGAAGAUCAGUGGAAAAAUCAACAAGUCAUGGCCAGUUUACAAGAUCAGAUAGAGGCUGAUCUAGUGAAAAUGCAGAUGUCUAAACCGUUUAUGGGAUCAUUACGUCGUAUGUUUAACCCUGGUGUCUGGUUACAGUAUCGACAUUCCGAACAUCAUCAAGCUUUUAACACCAGGAUACAGAGACUUCAGAUUGAUAAUCAACUAACUGAUGCAUAUUUCCCUACAGUCCUCUAUCCUACACCAUUACCACAAUAUAUCUUACGUAAAACAGGACCUAAACCAUUUAUAGAACUUGGUGUCAUGAGACGAGCAAUGCCUGAAAAUGAUAUAGAUACCAUCAGAUAUAUGAAGUUACUGGUACAAGAAUUUAAUAUUAAACUAGAUAAAGGCUUUAUGUUAUCAGUUAAUGAUGUUUUCUAUCGUUUAUUUGAAGAAGAAGAGGAAAGUUCUCAGUUACACAAUGAUUUGGUUUUGGCUCAUAAAUCAUUACAAGAUGUCACUGCUUCUAUGAUGUCAAUCAAACCUCAUAAAAUAUAUUUUGAAUAUUUACACCUAUCACCACUCAAGCUACAUGUCAGUUUUUCUGUAAAUGGUACACCUCAUCUAAUCAAUACACCAAAGACUUCUAUUAAAUCUGAUAUAGUAGCUUUCUUUCUCAAUUCUGUUGGUGCAACGUUCACAGAGAUGAAGGAUGUUAUAUUAAGAAUGGCAUAUUUCCAACGUAAAGGAGUUUCAUUAUCAAUAGAUCAACUUGUUGGUCAAAUACAAUCUCACUAUACACAGCAAGCUUUACAACAGUCUUAUGUUUUAAUAUUAGGACUAGAUGUAUUAGGUAAUCCCUAUGGUCUAGUUAGAGAUUUUACUCAAGGCUUUGGGGACUUCUUCUAUGAACCUUUCUUGGGAACAGUUUCUUGUACAGAUGAUUUUUCUGAAAGUUUAGCUCGUGGUGCUCAUAGUUUAGUUGGACACUGUGUUGGUGGAGCAGCAGGAUCUUUAUCUAUGGUUACAGGGUCAAUAGGUCAAGCUCUAACUAUAUUGUCUUUCGAUAAUGACUAUAGAAGGAAAAGAAGAGCUAGAAUGCAACAGCAGCCUAAACAUCUACCAGUCAGUUUAGUGGUAGCAGCUAAAUCUCUUGUUAUAGGUGUUGGUGUGGGUUUUUCAGGUGUUAUUCUAGAUCCAAUAAAAGGUGCUCAUGAAGAUGGUGUAGAAGGGUUUUUUAAGGGAGUUGGUAAAGGAAUUCUAGGAUUGCUAACUAAACCUACAGGUGGUGUUAUAGAUAUGGUCAGUAUGGCAUUUGAUGGUGUCAGAAGAGCUGCUGAAUCAGAAGAGGGUGUUGUUGCUAGAAUUAGAUUACCUCGCUUUAUUAAUCCUGCUAUUGGUUUACGACCAUAUUCUCCCUAUAGAGCUUCUGGAAAACGGUUAUUAGAAACUUUACGUAGAGCAGAUUUUGCUAAAGGUGAUGUUUAUUGGUCUCAUGCUCCGUUAAGUAAAGAAAAAUCCGAUGUCUUUAUGCUAACUGAUAAACAUAUAAUACUGUGUGAAAGAAGUAAAUUUUGGGGUAGUUUUGUAGUAGAUUGGUAUAUAGAUGUAGAUGAUUUAUUAGGUGUACCAGCUAUUGUUGAUGAUAAACUUAUCUUUAAAAUUAAACAGGAUGAAGAUAGUGUUAGUUUAUUUGGUGGAACAGAAAGGGCAUUAACAGGAGCCAAUAAAGAUGUGUUGUUAUGGAUACAGAAACAACUAGAACUGGUUAUUAGGCAUCGAGUUAUAUAAAACAACUGAAGAAUUGUUGUUGUAUUAAGAACUGUGCAAUAUUUUAAUUCAUUUGUUAUGCGUUAAAACUUUUUCUUGCUGUUAAGUUUUAAGGCAUUGCUGAUUUUAGAAUUGCAAAACAAUGCUGAUUGUCAAAUUGAAUCAAAUUUAACAUGGAAUAGGAUUAGUGGCUAUUUCGAAGGUGAUACUAGUCUCCGAUUUAGACUUACUGCUUGUCUAAAUUCUCUAUCAAUAAGAUAGUAAAGCAAACAAUUGCUCCUCUGUAUAGUCAAACUUUAUUAUUUAGUCAAACAGCAGCAGUGGUUUUUGC